AGUAGUAUGUCACAUUUGACUUGCAUAACAUGAUCAUCUCUUCUCCUCGUUCUAUAACUCUAACAACUCACGAAAAAACAACACAUAACGGGUCAAAGUCAACGCCCCUACGAAGCAUCCUCCCACCAUUUAAUUCCAUGCACCUUUUUUGAGUUCUCCAGCUUAUUCCUCAGAUACGACCUCUUCUUCUCCUUGAAACCUUCACAAAAUAAAAAAAAACUGCUUACCUUCUACACUAUAUAACAUCUCCUCUUUCCCAUUUUUUCUUCACACAAAAUGAGCUCCAGAAUCUCAUUUCUACUUUCUUUACUUUCGUUUUCUCUUCUUCUUUACGCCACCGUCGCCUCCGAUCCCCCCCUCGCCAUCCGAUGCUCGAGCUCGAACACUUUGCGUCCCGGCGACGCGUUCACCCGAAACCUGCACCAGCUCAUGUAUCUUCUAUCCGCCAAAGCCCCCGCCGUCGGGUUCGAGAUCGGUUCGGUCGGGUCGGGCCCCAGUCACGCGUUCGGGCUCGCCCUGUGCCGUGGGGACGUCACCCGCGCGUUGUGCCGCGCUUGCAUUCGCACCGCAAACGCCCACACCUUACGACGGUGUCCCCGCAGAAAGCGAGCCACUGUUUGGUUGGACCGGUGCAUGGUGCGCUACUCCGACAGCGACUUCUUCGGGGAAGUGGAUCGGGCACACUCCGUGCUCUUAUCGGAUCGGUCGAACGCGUCGGCCGACCCAUCAAGGUUCGAGUCCAAGGUGGUGAGGCUCAUGAAGGGGUUGACCAAGAGGGCUUAUCUUACACCUCUACUGUACGCAGCUGGUGAGCUAGUGAUUAACAAUCAUAAGGUUAAUAAUAAUAAUAUUAAUACUAAUAAGGGAGAAUUAUAUGGGUUAGUGCAAUGUAGUAAGGAUUUAUCUGGGGGCGAUUGUAAAGCGUGUUUGGAAAAAGCCAUUAGUCAACUAUCUAGCUGUUGCAAGGGGAAGAGAGGAGGGAGAGUGUUGGGUUCAAGUUGUAAUUUAAGAUAUGAAGUGUACCCAUUUUUCGAUGCCUAAUUAAACAUGUGACAAGUGGGCAAAUUGUGCA